AUGGCCCGCCGGGCGGCGCGCCGCUGGCUGCCCUGGCUGGGGCUCGCCCUGCUGCCGCUGGCCGUGCCCCCCGCGGCCGCCCCCGGCGGCUGCCCCUCGGCCUGCUACUGCGUGGCCACGCCGGAGCUGGUGCAGUGCCGCUACGAGCGGCUGCAGGAGCCGCCGCGGGAGCUGCCGGCCGCCGUGCACAACCUGAGCAUCGCCGGGAGCAACCUGAGCGUGCUGCGGCGCGCCGCCUUCGCCGCCCGGCCGCUGCGCCAGCUGCGCCUGCUCCGCCUGCGCCACGACAACAUCCAGGCCAUCGAGGACAUGGCGCUGCAAGGGCUGCCGGCGCUGCGCACCCUCGACCUCAGCCACAACCCGCUGGCGUCGGUGGCGGCGGGCGCCUUCGGCGGCGCGCCGCUGCUGCGCACCUUGCAGCUCAACCAGGCGCUGCUGGCCGCGCCGCUGGAGGAGCAGCUCGCCCUGGCCUUGGGCAACCUCAGCCUGCGGCGCCUGGAGCUGGCGGGCAACGGGCUGCGGGCGCUGCCGGCCGCCCUGCUGCCCGCCGGCCUCGAGGAGCUGGACCUGCGCAACAACUCGCUGCAGCGCCUGGGCGCCGGCGAGCUGCGGAGCCUCGAGGCGCCGGGGCUGCGCAAGCUGCGCGUCUCGCUGGGCGCCAACCCGCUGCGCUGCGACUGCGCGCUGCGGCCGCUGCUGGCGUGGCUGCGCGGCGGCGCCGGCGCCGCCGGCCGCGUGCCGGACGCCCGCAACCUGCGGUGCGCCGCGCCGCCGGCGUUGCGCGGGGCCGCGCUGCUGCGCCUGCGGCCCGAGGGGCUGAGCUGCGCCGGCGAGCCCGGCGAGCCCGGCGAGCUCGAGACGGCCUCCUACGUCUUCUUCGGCGUCGUGCUGGCCCUCAUCGGCGUCGUCUUCCUCAUGGUGCUCUACCUGAACCGGCGCGGCAUCAAGCGCUGGCUGCACAACCUGCGCGAGGCUUGCCGCGACCAGAUGGAGGGCUACCACUACCGCUACGAGCAGGACGCCGACCCCCGGCGCGCCAGCGCCGCCGGCCCCGCCGGCCUCUGAGCCCGCCGGCGCCCGGACUCCGCUCUCACCGUGUACAGAUUUCUAUUCCACGAGCGCAGGACUUCACUUGCUUUUUUCUUAUUUUUUUUUUUGUGGGGGGGGGAGAGGGGAUGGUUUGCUUCCCUUGCUCCAAACGCAGAGGAAAACCCAGCGUCUCCCCCCCGGCUCCCAGCCCGCGGACUGAUUUUGAGCGCGGACUGCGACGCAGCAGCUGCACUAGGUCGCCGCCGCCGCGCUUUGUAAUUUAAAACCAGCGGAGCGAAAGGCUAGCGCGCUCGCCCACGCCUGCUGUAGACCUGCGCCUGUUACUG